GGAAACUUUAUUGAAGUGGGGAAAGUGGGAGCCAGAAUAGCUGAACACGCCUUCUGUAGUGGGUGAGAGACAAAGUCCGAGGUCGCCAUUAUACCAAAUCCAAAUCUACGUACCUGUGACACUCGCGAUUGGUGAUUUCAAGUGAUAGCCCAUUAUUCUCAACAAUGAGUCAAACAAGUUUUCUUGAAUUUCGAAUUGAAGUUUCUUCAGCUGCAGAAUAUUCCAUCACGUUUCGUGGGUCCGUGAUUGAAAAUCCAUUGUUUUAGCACUCAAACUCGAAACAAUCCCACCAUUUUACUAGACAUUGCUGCUAUGAUGGAUGCUACUAAAAAAUCAUCACCUAGAAAACUGGAAGAAUGUAGAAUUUGUCAUGACGAAGAUGACGAGUCGAAUAUGGAGGUGCCCUGUUUUUGUCGGGGGAGCUUGAAGUAUGCUCACCGUAAGUGCGUACAGAGGUGGUGUGAUGAGAAGGGUGAUACCGUUUGCGAGAUUUGUCUACAGCUUUUCAAGCCAGAUUAUACAGCACCACCUCCACUUUUUCAUUACAGUGGGAUUCCCAUGAACUUCAGGGGAAAUUGGGAGAUAUCUAGAAGCGACCUGCGUAAUCCUCAAUUCAUAUUUGUUGGGUCUAAUGAUAGAAGUUCUCUAUAUCCGAAUUUCGAUGACCUCACGGAAAACACUUCAAGAAACUUGAUAUGCUGCCGUAUAGUUGCCAUGAUUUUUAUCAUUCUCCUGAUAAUGCGCCACACCCUACCAUUGUUCAUCUACGGAGCUGGUGAAUACUCGAUUUCUUUGGUCAUGUUACUGAUGUUACGUACAAUCGGGAUACUUCUGCCGAUUUAUAUCAUUGUUAAAGCAUUAACAGCUAUACAGAGAAGGCAAAAUCGGCAGGAUUUCCCGGUUUUACCUCAUGAGGCAUUCAUUCGAGAGAAUGAAGUAGCCGGACGAGUGCCAGAAGCACAUGUCAUUCAGACCAUCGAAAAUGGCUUCAAUCUGAGUGCUCUAAAGAAAGAAAUCGGGAAAAAAAGAACGAAGAAUUAUGUAUUUGAAUGUGAGAGUUCCUCUGAAUGUAUUGCAAAAAGACUGAGAGGGUCAGGGAAAGAUAAAGCUAUAAUGGUGGAGGAGGCCAACAAGAAAUGGCCCCACCAGUUUAAAUGA